AUGCAACAUUUCCUUGUGCAUGAGCGGAGUCACGCAAUAUUUUGCACUUCUCUUGAAUUUUGUACUGUUGAAAGGUUGAUUUUGCAGAAGUUGCAAUGUAUGCGCAUCAAGUUCCUUGGUGACUGUUAUUAUUGCGUGAGUGGAAUGCCCGUGAACAGGCCAAAUCAUGCCGACAUGUGUGUUGUGAUGGGACUCGAGAUGAUUAAAACGAUAAAGCAAGUGCGAUUAGCAACCGGAGUUGAUGUCAACAUGCGUAUUGGUGUGCACACCGGAUCGGUACUUUGCGGUGUUUUGGGUCUACGCAAAUGGCAAUUCGACAUCUGGAGUGAUGAUGUGACGCUAGCGAAUCGUAUGGAAUCAGCCGGAGUUCCUGGAGCCGUUCAUGUCACGAAAGCAACCAAGGAAGCACUGUUGGGCGAUUAUCGAAUCGUUGAAGCACAAUCAGAUGAUCCUAUGCUGGAGGCUUUGGGACAGCCAACCUAUCAUAUUUUGCCGGAUAAAGCCUCAUUGCUCGAACGAACUGCUUCAAUUUAUAGGAACAGGCGACGAACUGUGGACGUUUUUGGUGACGAUGAACACAUUGGUAUGGGUGGACGAGCGCCCAGUCGAGUCUCACUGAAAGCCAAAGUAUCGAAAGUGGUCGAGUAUUGGGGAGCCGAAACACCGUUCGCGAAUUUUUCGAAGCUCUCAACACAAUACGAAAUUGACGAGAAAUUCUCAACUGCGCCGUUAUAUUUGCAGCAAAAUGGAACUGCCCGGAGACCGCAUUAUGGGAAUACAAUUCGGAGUAUGACAUUGAUUGAGAAUAAUCUCGCCAACUUCUCCAUGAGCAACAAAAAGGCGAUUCUUUUGCAGUUUGAAUAUGCUGUUCAAAUGUACAAAUCCAACAGCAGUCGCCUCGCCGUAUUUGUUAUGGCCAUUCAGGUAUUUUUUAGGAAUCUCUCUUAUUCAGUCGAUUUUUGA